AGCCUGACCUGUAUCGAGCAUUUCCGCCUCAUCGAUCAUUGAGCACUCAAGUUCUACUUCAAUCUGCUGCGAUGCUCAGAAGAGGAUUCACCUAGCGCAUAAACGUCUUACUGAAUCCAUCGUCCUCAGUUUUGAACAACAAGAUGGGGACGGAAAGCAAAUCUUCUCCAGAUAUUACCUUAGAGCAGGCAUUGGAAGAAAUCAAACAGCUUACAUCCUGGAAUGAGGAGCUCCAUGACGACCUCGAAGAAUGUAGGGAUCAACUAUUCACGCUGUUGCAAAAGGAGAGUGACGUCUCUGAGCAAGCUAUCUCCGAUGCAUAUAGCAGAAUUUUCGAGGGUCUUGACUCGUGGAUUGACGAAAUAUCAACCCACGAAGGCUUUGGAUUGACCUUCAAGUCACGUUACUUGGAAAACAUGAAACGUAGUAAGGAAGAAAGAUCCAAGAUAUUGGCAAUAAAUUGGGUAUGCCAGGACAUUGAGUGGUUGACCAAGCUCGGGAAGCUAGAGACUUGCCGAUAUGUUGUCCUAGCACUGGUAGUUACAAGGUGCCUGAUGGAGGAUGUUUUUCGAGUGGAAGAUUCCGAAGAACGGGAUCAUAUAUAUCCGUUCGGUCUUUCAUCUAAAGAGAUCGAGUUCCUUGUCCAAGUACAAGAAGCAAUGGCAUCGGACGAAAUUCAAAAAGAUUCUUCCCAAAUCGGAAGAUGGAGAAGAGAAACAGUGAUGGCGAUGAUUUCUACUGGAAAAGCACAGGAAAGAGCAUUCGAUAAGGCUGCACGUGUUCGAAAACGACUGCAAGGAGACCUUGCGUUUUGGAUCGACAGUGCAGUUUUAGAGAGAUACAUGGACAGCCUAGAGACUAAAGUUCUCCAGCGAGCCUAUCGGGCUCUAGAUCUGCUUAAUCAUUCCAGCAAGACUUUCAUAUUUUCAGGCGACGACCCUCAACCUGGGCCCAUACAGCAAGAAUUUGCGACUAGUACUAUCAAAGAUAUCUCUACUUGGAGGAACAUGGCUUCCAGCAAGGCCUCUGGUGCUUUCCAGUCUCUCUAUCUUGGACUUGUACGAACAGGUGAUUUCGAUGAGGCGGACCUGACACUUGUACACCCAACAUUGCUUGGUUACAGUAGUCCAGACAUGAAGCCCAGAGUUCAUUCAUCAGACAUGAAAUCUUAUCCCAAGCAAGAGAUUCAUCGAACAGAUAGGGAGGAACGGGAACCCGGAUCCUCUACGCCAUUCUCAAGAUUGAGGAAAAAACGGAAUACACCGAAGUACUCAUCUCGAACGACUGAGGUCAAACCGACGCACACACCCGCCCAAGGAUCUCCGGUCACAACAUCUUGGGGAAAUUGGAUCCUUGGGCCAGAAGCCACAGCGUUUGGCAGGAGAGUGCUUCAGCGUGCCAACAAACCCAAAGACUCUGCGACACGUACUCAGCGCCGUGGUGACUCGAGUCAAGAGAACAGACCUGUGCCGGGUUCUACAGUUGCCUACUAUGGUCCACAUCGGUCUGUUACCUCAGGUACUGAGUACGUAGCUGGACCAUACCACCCGGCGAGUGGCGAUGAUCAAGGCUAUGAGCAGUAUAUAUACGAAGGUCUACAGAGCCAGAAAGGGCACCAAGUGUCUGAGAAUCCAUAUGACUUCAGCCGAGCUCGAACAGAAUGAUUGUCUCGUUCAAGGUCAACUCAAGGACUCAUGAGACAAAAUUCUUUUUCGAAACGUCGCUGAUGCGUGGUAUUGG